UGAGAAGAGAAGGACAGCUGCCGCGCUGUUGUGUGUGUUGUCUCUGGUGUCAAAAGCUGGAGGAGAGAAAGGACUGUCUGACAAACUUUGCGUCGUCGUCGUCGUCGUCGUCGUCGUCGUCUUCGUCGAUUGUAUACACGUUGCUCUGGUCGGGAAGGAAAAGUUUUUGAGUGCCACUCUGUGCAGUGGAGGACUAUAUAUACAGUGAAUUGGAAUAGCAACAUUGGAAUUCAAACGACACUUGGUGAACUCUUGAGCGUCCUUUUUACUGGCCGCGGGCCGCCCAGUUCGUGCCGCCAGAAGCAGUCCGUCCGCCGCCGAAGCCAUCACCGGGACAAAAGAAGGGCUUGACACGACACGCACGCACUAGGCAACACGAGUUACUUUAAGGAUCGCGAACCAUAACGACGACACUAGUCACGUAGUGGAGAUUUAUUGAACCGACGAGGGAGAGACUCUUUGAUUUUCUUUUCGAGAAUUUUGAAAAGUAGCCGACAAGAGGCUUAAGCCAAGAUGCCGGCACCGCAAAAGCAGGACGAGGAUGCGGAUCCGACCCCCUACUUGUACGUCUCACUCGAGCAGAAGAGAAUCGACCAGACGAAACCCUACGAUGCGAAAAAAGCCUGCUGGAUCCCCGACGAGAAGGAGGGCUACCUUCUCGGUGAGAUUAAGGCCACCAAGGGAGACAUCGUCUCCGUUGGACUUCCCGGUGGCGAGGUCAGGGACGUGAAGAAGGACCUGCUCCAGCAGGUGAACCCGCCCAAGUAUGAGAAGGCCGAGGACAUGUCCAACUUGACAUACCUCAACGAUGCGUCGGUCCUGCACAAUCUGAAGCAACGUUACUACCACAAGCUCAUCUACACGUACUCCGGUCUUUUCUGUGUAGCCAUCAAUCCCUACAAGAGAUACCCGGUAUACACGCAGCGUUGCGCCAAGCUCUACCGUGGUAAGAGGCGUAGCGAAGUGCCACCCCACAUUUUCGCUAUCUCUGACGGUGCCUACGUCAACAUGUUGACCAACAGCGAGAACCAGUCUAUGUUGAUCACCGGAGAGUCUGGUGCCGGAAAGACUGAGAACACGAAGAAGGUAAUUGCAUACUUCGCGACCGUCGGUGCCUCGACCAAGAAGGACCCGUCCGCAUCCGAAAAGAAGGGAUCCCUGGAAGAUCAGGUCGUACAGACCAAUCCCGUACUUGAGGCCUUCGGUAACGCCAAGACCGUCCGUAACGAUAACUCCUCCCGUUUCGGUAAAUUCAUCCGUAUUCACUUCGGUCCUUCUGGAAAACUGGCUGGUGCUGAUAUUGAGACCUAUCUGCUGGAGAAGGCCCGUGUCAUCUCCCAACAGUCGCUCGAGCGUUCCUACCACAUCUUCUACCAGAUGAUGUCCGGCGCUGUCAAGGGUCUUAAGGAGAUGUGUCUACUCUCGAACAACGUGCAAGAUUACUAUUUCGUUGCGCAAGGAAAGACGACGAUUCCCGGCGUCGACGACGGCGAGGAAUGCGAACUGACUGAUAAAGCCUUCGACGUCUUGGGUUUCACCCAGGAGGAAAAGGACGACAUCUACAAGAUCACCGCAUCUGUCAUGCACAUGGGUGGCAUGAAGUUCAAACAGAGAGGUCGCGAAGAGCAGGCUGAGGCCGAUGGUACCGAGGAAGGUGAGCGCGUGGCUAAGCUUCUUGGUGUCGAUUGCCAAGACAUGUACAAGAACUUGCUGAAGCCAAGGAUCAAGGUCGGUAACGAGUUCGUCACCCAGGGUCGUAACAAGGACCAGGUCGCCUACUCCGUCGGUGCCAUGUCCAAGGCUAUGUUCGACAGGCUGUUCAAGUGGCUCGUGAAGAAGUGUAACGAAACCCUAGACACCAAGCAGAAACGUCAGCACUUCAUUGGUGUACUGGAUAUUGCUGGUUUUGAAAUCUUCGACUUCAACAGCUUUGAGCAGCUCUGCAUCAACUUCACCAACGAGAAACUUCAACAAUUCUUCAACCACCAUAUGUUCAUCCUUGAACAAGAAGAAUACCAGCGCGAGGGUAUUGAAUGGACAUUCAUUGACUUCGGAAUGGAUCUCCAACAAACCAUUGACCUCAUCGAGAAGUUCAACAGCUUCGAGCAGCUCUGCAUCAACUUUACGAACGAAAAGCUUCAGCAAUACUUCAAUCACUUUAUGUUCGUACUCGAGCAAGAAGAGUACGAAACCGAGGGCAUUAGUUGGACCUUUAUCGAUUUUGGUAUGGACUUGCAAUCCACGAUCGAACUCAUCGAAAAGCCCAUGGGUAUCCUCUCCAUCCUUGAAGAAGAGUCUAUGUUCCCGAAAGCCACGGACAAGACCUUCGAGGAGAAGUUGAACAACAACCAUCUCGGCAAGAGUCCCAACUUCUUGAAGCCCAAGCCGCCUAAGCCAGGUCAAGUAGCGGCUCACUUCGCCAUUGGUCACUACGCCGGCAACGUACCUUACAACAUCACUGGAUGGCUCGAGAAGAACAAGGACCCGUUGAACGACACCGUGGUCGACCAGUACAAGAAGUCAUCCAACAAACUGUUGGUGGAGAUCUUUGCCGACCAUCCUGGCCAGUCCGGCGGUGGUGGCAAGGAUGCCGGUGGUGGCCGUGGUAAGAAGGGAGGUGGUUUCUCCACUGUCUCCUCUUCCUACAAGGAACAGUUGAACAACCUGAUGACCACCUUGAGGGCCACCCAACCUCACUUCGUACGUUGUAUCAUUCCCAACGAAUUGAAGCAGGCCGGUGUCAUCGACUCCCAUCUUGUGAUGCACCAGCUCACCUGUAACGGUGUGCUUGAAGGCAUCCGUAUUUGCCGUAAAGGUUUCCCCAACAGGAUGGUCUACCCUGACUUCAAGCUGCGGUACAAAAUCAUCGCCCCAGCUGCCUGUGACAAGGUCGGCGGUGACCCGAAGAAGUGCGCCGAGGCCAUUCUCGAGAAUUCCGGUCUUGACCCUGAGCAGUAUCGUCUUGGACACACCAAGGUAUUCUUCCGCGCCGGAGUCCUGGGUCAGAUGGAAGAGUUCCGUGACGAACGUCUCAGCAAGAUCGUCUCCUGGAUGCAAGCGUUCAUUCGUGGUUACCUCGCCCGUAAGGACUUCAAGGCCCUACAGGAGCAACGUCUCGCUCUCCAAGUCGUACAGAGGAAUCUACGCAGAUACCUCAAGUUGCGCACCUGGCCGUGGUGGAAGCUUUGGCAGAAGGUCAGGCCUCUCCUCAAUGCCACUCGCAUCGAAGACGAGCUUAUCGCAGCGGAGGAGAAGGCACGCAAGUUCCAGGAGGCCUUCGAGCGCGAGGAGAAGAUGAGGAUCGAACUCGAGGAGCUCAACACGAAACUUCUCUCCGAGAAGACCGAGCUCCUCAAGCAUCUCGACGGCGAGAAGGGCGCUCUCUCCGAGUACCAGGAGAAGGCACUCAAAUUGGGAGCCCAGAAAGCCGAUCUCGAGUCCCAACUUGCGGACAUCACCGACAGAUUCCAGCAAGAGGAGGAGGCGAGAAACAGCCUGUUCCAGGGCAAGAAGAAGCUGGAGCAGGAGAUCGCUGGUCUGAAGAAGGACCUGGAGGACCUCGAACUUACCAUCCAGAAGUCCGAGCAGGACAAGGCGACCAAGGACCACCAGAUCCGCAACCUCAACGACGAGAUCGCCCACCAGGAUGAGCUCAUCAACAAGCUCAACAAGGAGAAGAAGAACCAGGGUGAGGUCAACCAGAAGACCGCCGAAGAGCUGCAGGCCGCCGAGGACAAGGUCAACCACCUCAACAAAGUCAAGCUAAAGCUUGAGCAGACCCUCGACGAGUUGGAAGACACCCUCGAGCGCGAGAAGAAGGCCCGUGCCGAUGUCGAGAAGACCAAGAGGAAGGUUGAGGGCGACCUGAAGCUCACCCAGGAGGCUGUCGCCGACCUGGAGAGGAACAAGAAGGAGCUCGAGCAGACCAUCCAGCGCAAGGACAAGGAACUGUCCUCCCUGACCGCCAAGCUCGAGGACGAGCAGGCCCUGGUCGGCAAACAGCAGAAGCAGGUCAAGGAACUCCAGGCCCGCAUCGAGGAGCUCGAAGAGGAAGUCGAGGCCGAGAGACAGGCACGCGCCAAGGCUGAGAAGCAGCGCAGCGACCUGGCUCGCGAGCUCGAGGAACUCGGCGAGCGUCUUGAGGAGGCCGGUGGUGCCACCUCCGCUCAGAUCGAGCUCAACAAGAAGCGCGAGGCUGAGCUGAGCAAGCUCCGCAGGGAUCUCGAGGAGGCCAACAUCCACCACGAGUCCGCCCUUGCCAUCCUGCGCAAGAAGCACAACGAUGCCGUUGCCGAGAUGGGCGAGCAGAUCGACCAGCUCAACAAGAUCAAGGCUAGGAUCGAGAAGGAGAAGGUUCAGUACUUUAGCGAGUUGAACGACAUGCGCGCCAGCGUUGACCACCUGAGCAACGAGAAGGCCGCUCAGGAGAAGAUCGCCAAGCAGCUGCAACACCAGCUGAACGAGGCCCAGGGCAAGAUCGAGGAGUUGACUCGCACAGUCAACGACUUCGACGCCGCCAAAAAGAAGCUCUCGAUCGAAAACAGCGACCUCCUGCGCCAGCUCGAGGAAGCCGAGUCGCAGGUCAACCAGCUCUCGAAGAUCAAGAUCUCGCUGACGACCCAACUCGAGGACACCAAGAGGCUGGCCGACGAGGAGGGCCGCGAGCGCGCCACCCUGCUCGGCAAGUUCCGCAACCUCGAGCACGACCUGGACAACAUCCGCGAACAGGUCGAGGAGGAGGCGGAGGGCAAGGCCGAUCUCCAGAGGCAGCUGAGCAAGGCCAACGCCGAGGCUCAGCUCUGGCGCACCAAGUACGAGUCCGAGGGUGUCGCCCGCGCCGAGGAGCUCGAGGAGGCCAAGCGCAAGCUCCAGUGCCGCCUCGCCGAGGCCGAGGAGACGAUCGAGUCGCUCAACCAGAAGGUCAUCGCCCUCGAGAAGACCAAGCAGCGCUUGGCCACCGAGGUCGAGGAUCUCCAGCUGGAGGUCGACCGCGCCACCGCGAUCGCCAACGCCGCCGAGAAGAAGCAGAAGGCCUUCGACAAGAUCAUCGGCGAGUGGAAGCUCAAGGUCGACGACCUGGCCGCCGAGCUCGACGCCAGCCAGAAGGAGUGCCGCAACUACAGCACCGAGCUCUUCAGGCUCAAGGGCGCGUACGAGGAGAGCCAGGAGCAGCUCGAGGCCGUCCGCCGCGAGAACAAGAACCUCGCAGACGAGGUCAAGGACCUGCUCGACCAGAUCGGCGAGGGAGGCCGCAACAUCCACGAGAUCGAGAAGGCCAGGAAGCGCCUCGAGGCCGAGAAGGACGAGCUCCAGGCUGCCCUCGAAGAGGCCGAGGCGGCCCUCGAGCAGGAGGAGAACAAGGUCCUGCGCUCGCAGCUCGAGCUCAGCCAGGUCAGGCAGGAGAUCGACAGGCGCAUCCAGGAGAAGGAGGAGGAGUUCGAGAACACGAGAAAGAACCACCAGCGUGCCCUCGACUCCAUGCAGGCUUCUCUCGAGGCCGAGGCUAAGGGCAAGGCUGAGGCGCUGCGCAUGAAGAAGAAGCUCGAGGCCGACAUUAACGAGCUCGAGAUCGCCCUCGACCACGCGAACAAGGCCAACGCCGAGGCCCAGAAGAACAUCAAGCGGUACCAGCAGCAGCUCAAGGACGUCCAGACCGCCCUCGAGGAGGAGCAGCGAGCACGCGACGAGGCGCGCGAGCUUCUCGGAAUCAGCGAGAGGCGCGCCAACGCCCUGCAGAACGAGCUCGAGGAGAGCCGCCAACUGCUGGAGCAGGCCGACCGCGGCCGCAGGCAGGCCGAGCAGGAGCUCGCCGACGCCCACGAACAGCUGAACGAGCUCAGCGCACAGAACGCCAGCAUCUCCGCGGCCAAGAGGAAACUGGAGGCCGAGCUCCAGACCCUCCACUCCGAUCUGGACGAGCUCCUCAACGAGGCCAAGAACUCCGAGGAGAAGGCGAAGAAGGCGAUGGUCGACGCUGCGCGACUGGCCGACGAACUGAGGGCCGAGCAGGACCACGCUCAGACCCAGGAGAAGCUGCGCAAGGCGCUCGAGACCCAGAUCAAGGAGCUCCAGGUCCGCCUGGACGAGGCCGAGGCCAAUGCCCUCAAGGGAGGCAAGAAGGCCAUCCAGAAGCUGGAACAGCGCGUGCGCGAACUCGAGAACGAGCUCGACGGCGAACAGAGGAGACACGCCGACGCCCAGAAGAACCUGCGCAAGUCCGAGCGCCGCAUCAAGGAGCUCGCGUUCCAGGCGGACGAGGACCGCAAGAACCACGAGCGCAUGCAGGACCUCGUCGACAAACUGCAACAGAAGAUCAAGACGUACAAGAGGCAGAUCGAGGAGGCCGAGGAAAUCGCCGCGCUCAAUCUGGCCAAGUUCCGCAAGGCCCAGCAAGAGCUCGAGGAAGCUGAGGAGAGGGCAGACCUCGCCGAGCAGGCGAUCGCCAAGUUCCGCACCAAGGGACGUGGAGGAAGCGCCGCUCGUGGUAUCAGCCCAGCGCCACACCGACCAGUCAACAGACCCCAGUUCGAUGGUUCCGCAUUCCCGCCACGCUUCGACCUUAUGCCCGACGGUGAGCUGUAAUGAGACAGCACGCACAUCUUUUUUUUUAAAAAAAAGAAAAAAUUUCAUGAUGUAACAUCGAUACAUAUUUUUGCAUAGACCGACAACGUGAACGAAAUAGAGGCAUACAGUUUUUGAAAUAGAAGGGAAAUAAAGUCGUGAGAAAUAAAAAGAAAACUAUAAAAGAGCCAGAGAGAGACUCUGUCUAUAUAGCCGCAUGUGUGUCUUUGAUUUGCACGCGGUGCCCGUCGUGCGACGAAAUGUAUCGAAUUCAUAACACGCACUACAUUAAAAAAAACACGUAUCAUAGUGUUUUAAAAGAUGUCAUCUAUCUAGCGGUCUGUUCAUGUACUAUCGGUACAAGGCCGCAUAUGUAUUUAUUAAAGUAAAUAUACUGUUAAGAAACUUAAACAAAAAAUAAAUAAAUAAAUAAAUAAA